AUGACAACUUUCAUAGAAGUGCAAACCAAAAAUGGUGUGGAAGAAGUGCACGGACAAAUAUUUGAAGUUGGUCCGCGUUACGUCAAUCUUUCAUACAUUGGAGAAGGUGCAUAUGGAAUGGUGGUGUCAGCUAUGGACACAGAAACACAUGAACGUGUGGCUAUUAAGAAAAUUUCACCUUUUGAACAUCAAACAUUUUGCCAGAGGACAUUGCGAGAAAUUAAAAUUUUGACGAAGUUUAAGCACGAAAAUAUUAUCAAUAUUCAGGAAAUAAUUCGAGCACCGAGUGUGGAACAAAUGAAAGAUAUUUAUAUAGUGCAGUGUUUAAUGGAAACGGAUUUAUACAAGUUGCUAAAAACCCAACGACUUUCCAAUGAUCAUAUUUGUUAUUUUUUAUACCAGAUAUUGCGAGGAUUGAAAUAUAUUCAUUCUGCAAAUGUUAUUCAUCGUGAUCUCAAACCGUCAAAUUUACUUCUGAAUACAACUUGCGAUCUCAAAAUUUGUGAUUUUGGCCUUGCUCGAGUGACUGAUCCAGGGCAUGAUCAUACCGGAGUGCUCACAGAAUAUGUAGCAACGAGGUGGUAUCGAGCACCGGAAAUCAUGUUGAAUUCGAAGGGUUAUACGAAAUCAAUCGAUGUCUGGUCUAUUGGUUGUAUUUUAGCGGAAAUGUUAAGCAACAGACCUCUUUUUCCUGGAAAGCAUUACUUAGACCAGUUGAAUUUAAUAUUGGGUGUUAUUGGGUCACCAAGUCAGGAGGAUUUACAAUGCAUCAUAAACGAAAAGGCCCGGUCAUAUUUGCUCUCAUUGCCACAUAAAGUAAAACAACCGUGGUUGCGAAUGUAUCCAAAUGCUGAUCCGCGUGCAUUGGAUUUACUGGAUAAGAUGCUAACUUUUAAUCCCAAUAAGCGAAUUAGUAUCGAAGAUGCUCUGGCACAUCCAUAUCUCGAACAGUACUAUGAUCCAAAUGAUGAGCCAAUUUGCGAAGAACCAUUUACUUACGAAAUCGAAUAUGAUGAUUUGCCAAAGGAAACACUCAAGCAAUUAAUUUUUAAAGAAACAGAAGAUCAUUAUAAGAGGAAACAGGUGGUACAAAAAGUAGCAAUACCGGAAGGAACAGAAGUAGAUUCUGGAAUUGGUUCUACAGUUCUAAGCCCAUGA